AUGAGUGACAGCAGUGAUCAGGAGAGAGAGGAGGUUGCAGGCCUCAGACCAGAGGAUGCACUAUUCCGGUGGAUGACCUUGAAGAAGGACAAGAAAAUGGAUCCUAGCAGCAAAUUAACACACUCUGAUAAUGAUGAGUUAAGGGGUGAUAUGACCCAGGCUCUAGGACCCAGCAGACACCUGCACACUGGACAUACACCAGGCAGAAAGAGGGAACUAGAUGAGGACCUGAGGAGAGUUAUAAAGAAUCACAAAGCCAGUCUGAAGAGGAGGUUUGAGAACAUCUCUGAAGGCAUCAUCAAACCAGGAGCUGAGAUACUCCUCAAUAAGAUCUACACAGAGCUCUACAUAACAGAGGGAGAGAGUGAAGGGGUGAAUAAGGAACAUGAGGUUUGGCAGGUAGAGUCAGCGUCCAGAUCUCAAUCCACAGAAGACACACCAAUCAACUGCAACGACAUCUUCAAGCCUUUACCUGGACAGGAGAGGCACAUCAGAAUUGUGAUGACCAAAGGUGUUGCUGGUAUUGGAAAAACGGUCUCUGUUCAGAAGUUCAUUCUUGAUUGGACAGAUGGGGUAGCCAAUAGGGAUGUAGACUUUAUGUUUCCUCUUUCUUUCCGUGAGCUUAAUUUAGUCAGAGGUGAUCAGUAUAGUCUUCACAGGCUCCUGCUUGACUUCCACCCUGAGCUGAAGGAGCUGAAUGAUAGUGAAGGAUACAAAGACUGUCAGGUUGUAUUCAUCUUUGAUGGUUUGGAUGAGAGUCGGUUGACUCUGGACCUGGAGCAGAACAGUGAGUUGUCUGAUGUGAAAGAAACAUCAUCAGUGGAUGUUCUGAUAACAAGCCUCAUUCAGGGAACUCUGCUUCCCUCUGCACUCAUCUGGAUAACCUCAAGACCAGCUGCAGCCAGUCAGAUUCCUGAUCAGUUCAUUGACCAGGUAACAGAAGUACGAGGAUUCAAUGACCCACAGAAGGAAGAAUACUUCAGGAAGAGAAUUAGAGAUGAGAGUCAGGCCAACAGAAUCAUCUCACACAUCAAGGCAUCCAGAAGUCUCCACAUCAUGUGCCACAUUCCAGUCUUUUGUUGGAUUGCAGCUACUGUACUUCAGCAGAUGCUGGAAAAGAAAAACAUCAAAGACAUUCCCAAAACACUGACUGAGAUGUUCAUACACUUCUUGCUCAUCCAAACCACAAGAAAGGACCAGAAGUAUCAGAGUGGAUCUGAAAAAGAUACAAAGAAACUUUUGGAAUCUCAGAGGAUCAUUUUACUGAAGCUAGCAGAACUGUCUUUCAAGAAUCUAGAGAAUGGCAACCUCAUGUUUUAUGAGGAAGACCUGAGGGAGUGUGGUAUUGAUGUCAGUGAAGCCUCAGUGUACUCUGGCAUGUGCACUGAGAUCUUCAAGACAGAAAAUGUGGAAUCUCAAAAUAAGAAGGUCUACUGCUUUGUCCACCUGAGUGUCCAGGAGUUUCUGGCAGCUGUGUUUGUGUUUCACUCGUAUUUGGCUAAGAACUUUGAGGCAUUGAAAUGCUUCAUCAGUGAAAAGGAAAGAGUUGAACUCAAUCCAUCAUUUUUAUCCUCUCUUCAAUCAGCACUAGGAUUAAAAGAAAACUUACAUGUUUUACUUAAGAGUGCAGUUGAUAAGGCUUUGGAGAGCCAGAAUGGACACCUGGAUCUCUUCCUUCGUUUCCUUAUGGGCAUUUCUGUGGAGAGAAAUCAUAAACUUCUGCAAGGUCUACUGAGCAACACACACAACAGUUCUCAUAGUAUUAAGGAAACAUGUCAGUACAUGAAGAAGCUCAACAGAGAAGGUCUCUCUCCUGAACGAUGCAUCAAUCUUUUCCACUGCUUAUUUGAAAUGAAUGAUGAUUCCAUGCACAAAGAAAUUCAGACAUUCUUGUCAUCACCAAAGAACAUCAAACAGAAGUUGUCUCCUGCCCACUGUUCAGCACUGGCCCACAUGAUUCUGAUGUCUGAGGAUGUGCUGGAUGAGAUUGAGCUGAAUAAAUACAACACAUCAGAUGAGGGACGCAGGAGACUGCUCCCAGCUGUGAGGUGCUGCAGAAAGGCACGACUUGCUGAAUGCACACUCUCAGAGAAGUCCUGUGGAAUUGUGGCUGCUGUUCUACAGUCACCAAACUCCCUGAUAGAGCUGGACCUGAGUCACAAUGACCUGGGAGAUUCUGGAGUCCAUCUUCUCUCUAAGGGACUGUCUAGUCCCCACUGCAAACUGCAGACAUUAAGG